AUGCGCCUUCUGAGACUCAACGACAAUGGUGAGUUCAGCUUCAUAGAGGUCGUUGGCGCAGCCAUUCCGCCUUAUGCCAUCCUGUCCCAUAUCGCGUCAGCGGAAGAAGUCUCUUUUGCUGCCAAAGACGGCCUCCGAUACUUCUGGGUAGACACCUGCUGUAUCGACAAGUCAAGCAGCGCAGAGCUCCAGGAGGCCAUCAACUCUCACUUUGCUUGGUGUCACAACGCUAUCUGUUGCUAUGUGUAUCUUUCCGACGUUUCGACCGUCGCCCACACCAUUGCCUCGUUACGUUCAAGCAGAUGGUUCACACGAGGAUGGACGCUUCAAGAACUCAUUGCUCCUGCUUUAGUGAAGUUUUUCUCCAUAGGGGGCGAGUUUAUUGGCGAUAAAAUUUCGUUAUUACGGGAUAUCCACGAAAUUACUGGUGUUCCCGUCGAAGCUUUGCAAGGAGCGCCUCUAGCUAAGUUCAGUGUUGAGGAGCGGAUGUCAUGGGCGAAGAACCGUCAGACAACGCGUGAAGAGGAUGCUGCAUAUUCUCUAAUGGGUUUGUUCGAUGUGUACAUGCCGGUGAUAUAUGGAGAAGGUAGAGAACAUGCGCUUCGUAGGCUUGAGAAGGAGAUCCAGGCUUCAAGCAACCACACUACCUUCUCUCCCGCUCCUGGCUACUACAUCGCCUCGGAUGGUCGUCAAUAUCCCUUAUCGCAACAGCCACAUCCAGAUACUUGGACUCAUAUCGUUACCCCUCGGCUUACACGCAACACUUCCACUGGUGCCAGAAUGUCAGCAGCAAUAGAUCUGGAUUCUGAUGAUGGAAGCGAGAUCGACAGCGUUUUCUCAGACAGCGCAUCGUCUGUCUCUUCCGCAUCAACUGCCAGCCUAAACCCAGUUCAAACCGUUGGAAUUCGUGAGGUUUCACGAGCACUCUUGAGCGAAGAAGAGUUGAAAGCUACAUACAUCCUAGCCAUCUCUAGUGUUGACAGUAGGAAGGCACGUUUGCAUAUUCGAGGCUUUCUUAGGGACUACGGUCGGGAUCUAUUGAAGGAAGCUUCCGACAGCAGUCUAGAGAUUCAGGCUGCUAAGUUUGUACGUGAACUGGCAGGUCGCAUAGCCGAUGAAAUCAUUUGGAGCAUAACCGGAUCCGCCGAACUGCCACACCCACCAGACAGUGAAGUAAAGAAGCAGGAUUUGGAGACCUGGCUCUCAACCAUUCGGGGCGAUAGUAUUGUAGAAGAACGGAAUCAACCAAGUUUGGGAGCAGACGGCGAUGACUCGUCUGAUGAAGAGCUCAACGAUGACCUACCAUUUCCUCACAUUGAUAGAGUAAAGGAAUUCCUGAUCAAUUCUGAGGCCUUCCGAGUACUUGUACUGGCGAUGCAGGCAUGGUUGAAGAUUGAUGGGGUUGAUCAAAAGAAUAUAGGGGAAUCGAUUACGGACACACCAAAACCAACCGAUAGCGUAGUGGUGGCUGAAGAAACGAAGGUAGAGACAAUAGCUUCUGUCGAAGACCAAGAGCAAACCGAAUCGAGCAAUGAAGCACCUCCCAUGGUGAUUGAGAUCCACCAGAAUCAGGAUGCGGCACAAGAACAGGCUCCAAGAACUCGAUCUCGCCGACGUGGCGGCAGCUUUAGGGACUUGGUUUCUAGUCUCUUGAAUUUCUGGGGCAUCUCCUUCUACCUCUACGAUAUUGUGGAACUAUUCGUUCCUCACGUCCCUAGAGGUUAUAGAAGGCUGCGCUGGCGUUGUUCGUGCAACACUAUCCUCUGGGGCGAUUUUCUUGACGAAGAUGCUGCUGCCUUUGACCAACUUAAGCAGCAGUUGUCCUGUAUGCGAGAUCCCCUCAUUCGACAUGUACAUAUGAGUGGUAUAUCGACAACGCAGGCGACCGGAGUUUCCGGCUCUGGAGCUACUGGAUCCGCUCCAUCGACACAAACAUCUUCACUUGGUCCACCUUCAGGCCUCACUAAUACACCACGUGCUGGCAAUGCUCACAAUAUUGUGAGUUCUACGGCUUCCGGACCAGACUAUGUAGUGGAGAUCACCUCACCGAUCAAGUAUUUUGAAGUUUGCGUGAGUACGGGAAACCAUGCUAUCGAUCAUCAUGAGGUCGAUAUUUCACGCAUAAGCUCGGACAAUGAGCUGUUUGAGAUGAUAUGGGACAAGUACAACAUCAGUCGCGGUAUCGGCCUGCGGCGACUUUUCUUGCGGCCCAGCGACGUGAAUUUUGUCAUGUUCUCCGUCAGUCAGCGCAACCAGUACGGAGCUGGCAUCCACAAGAAACCCGAUGAAUUUCCACCACAAGAGGAACUAGAUGAGAAGCGCUACCACUACCUUUGCCCUCGAAUCAGGAUGCCGGUCAACGUCUUUCUCCACUAUUUGCAUCGAGCGAGAUGGAACAUAUGGGGCGAGCACAUGGAAAAUAUAUGGCUCCAACGUCUACCCAAGAAGCUCGAAAGGAAUUUGAUCGCCGAGGCCCAGCAGGCGAAGGGCAAUGCACCCCCGAACGAAGACCUUGCGUUCGGAUGGGGAGUACACAUCAUUGAAGGUCCAAAUCAUGCUGUGCUUGGUCUUCUACUAGCCAUCGGAGUAGCUGUCGCUUUUAUUGUCUCCGGAAUGAUCGUGGGGUUUGCCAAAACACAAGAGCAAGGCUUUGGAGUCGGGAAUUUUCUUCUUGCAAUCCUUGCUAGUACUAUGACUGCUGUAUACUUUCAGCUUCAGGAUUGA